AUGGAGUAUUGUCAAUAUCCAGUGUUGUGCAUUGAAGGAUUAUGUAAUUUCACGAGGUUUCCUUUGUUUUAUGACCCUGAAAGUGAAGUCGCUGAAGCUGGUGAUGUAGGGACUCAGUAUCGGUCAGGGAUAUACUACUACAAUGAGACUCAAGCACGUCUAGCUCAGGAAUCAAAGGAAGCCAAGCAAUUGGAGCUUAAAGGCAGGACUGUUGUAACUGAGAUUCUUCCCGCUAAGAGAUUCUACCGGGCAGAGGAAUAUCACCAGCGGUAUCUGGCAAAGGGUGGCCGUUUUGGUGAUAAACAGUCUGCUGCAAAGGGUUGCACUGACCCCAUCAAAUGCUACGGCUAA